AUGACGCAGCCUACCAAAAGCUCACUAGUGUUGUCACUUAGACGGAAGAUGGAAAACAGAACUUCCAAUGCUGGGAAGAAAUUGUCGUCUUCUCAUUCCACAAGCGACCUAGUAUCAACAAAGCCACAUCGAUCGGUCAGCACCAGGAAAAUUCCUAGGAAAACUGCCACAAAUCCCGUCGCUAGUGUAUUCAACGAACCUGAAAAUAAAAUUAGUGACAUUGAUACCACGCACUUUACUUUUAAUAUUAUAUUUGAUAAAUUAAAAAGCUCGAACUCACAAGAGCGAACUAAUGCAACGAUUGAGUUGAAAAACUCACUGAUAUCAUUGAAUCGUGAACUGUCUAGUGAACAAUUUCAAAGACUAAGUAAUUCAAUUAACAAUAAAAUUUUUGAAUUAAUUCAUGGUUCAACUUCUGAAGAAAAGAUUGGCGGUGUACUGGCCGUAGACACUUUAAUUUCAUUUUACUCUCACACAGAGGAACUACCUAGUCAAACAUCAAGAUUGGCCAACUAUUUACGUAUGUUGAUUCCUUCAAGUGAUAUUGAAGUUAUGCGCCAAGCUGCCACUACAUUGGGCAAAUUGGCAAUUCCCGGAGGCACUUUGACAUCCGAAUUUGUAGAAGUUGAGGUCAAAAAUGCUAUGGAAUGGUUAACUUCAUCACCAGAAAAUAAUGCGAGUUCAAAACAAGAGUUUAGGAAGCAUGCUGCCUUAUUGGUAUUGAGCGCGCUUGCAGAUAAUUCUUCCUACUUAUUGUACCCAUAUGUGAACUUAAUAUUGGAAAACGUUUGGAGAGCACUGCGAGAUACAAAAGUCGUUAUUAGAGUCGACGCAUCCAGGAUGUUGGGUAAGUGUUUGAAAGUAAUUAAAGACAGAAAUAAUAAUAAUGAAAAUGAACAAUGGGUCAAAAGAUUAUUCAAUGAAUCCCUCCAUGGCCUCACAUUAAAUACCAACGAAGCUCUGCAUGCGAGCUUGCUAGUAUUUAGGGAACUUUUGAGACUUGAAAAUGAUAAAUUUAUCAAAGGCAAAAUUAGUCAUAUAUUUAAAAAUUGCAUGGCUUUAAAAGACCAUAAAUUUGAGGUGGUACGAUUAGAGGUAUAUAAUAUACUACCACUCCUAGCGUCAUUUGAUAAAGAAUCAUUCAUCAAGUUGUAUUUAGACCAAAUCAUGUUACAUUACCUAAAUGUUUUUAAGACCCUCAAAUCAAACUCUACUAAUGGUUCAGAUAAACCUCUAAUCUUUGUUUCAAUAGGUGAUAUUGCCUUUGAAGUUGGUCAUAGCAUUUCACCUUACAUGAACCAAAUAUUAGAUAAUAUUAGAGAUGGCUUGAGAACAAAGUACAAAAUGCGUAGAAAUUUUGAAAGGGAAGUAUUUUAUUGCAUUGAGAAGUUAGCUUAUGCACUGGGACCCGCGCUGGCAAAGCAUCUAAAUCGAGAUCUAUUAAAUCUUCUCUUUUCAUGUACCUUAUCCGAUUAUAUGCAGAAGACUUCAAUGGUGUUAGCCGAGAAAGUUCCUGCGCUUGAGAAAACUAUAAACAAUAGAUUAUUGAAUCUUCUUUGUAUCACUCUAUAUGGAGAGAGUUGUACUGGAAGGGAACUUCCAAGUUUAAUGAAACCAGCAUCACUUGAAAGAGCUCGCGAUUGGAGAAAUAGAUCAUGUUACAAAAAGACCACAGAAGCUAAUGACGAAACAAGAGAUGUGCAGUUAUUAAUACAAUCUCUCAGAAUGCUUCAAAGCAUAAAAAACGAGUAUUCUUUAGCCAAUUUUGUACAAUUUGUCGUGAUGGCAUAUAUUGAACAUGAUAAUGCAAGUGUAAGGAAAGUUGCUGCUUUAACAUCCUGUGAUCUCAUAUCGCGGGACGCAAUAUGCAAACAAUCUACCUUGAGUGCUUUGCAGUCAGUUUCGCAGAUAUUGAGUAAGCUCUUAAUAUUGGUAAUUACAGAUACGACUGUAGAAAACAGGUUAGAAAUACUGCAACAUUUAACAUCAAACUUUGACCCUCAGUUAGCUCAGCCAGAUAAUAUUCGUUUACUUUUUACUGCCCUACACGAUGAAAUGUUCACAAUUCAAAUGGAAGCAAUGAAGUUAAUAAGUCGAGUAAGCUCAGUAAAUCCUGCCUACAUUGUUCCAUCAUUACGAAAGACCCUAAUGGAACUUUUAACUCAAAUUAAGCAUGUAACUGCUUCAAGAAAAAAAGAAGAAUGCAUUAUUUUACUCCAGUUAUUGAUAAAUUCUAGUAAGGAUGUUACCGAGCCAUACAUGGACCGCAUUCUAGAUGUAUUACUCGAUAAGACAAAAGACUCGUCAUCAAAUGUGGCAUAUACCUCCCUAAAAGCAAUAGGUGAAUUAGCUGUAGUGGGCGGCUCAGAUAUAAAGAAGCAUCUAGAUAAAUUAAUGCCUUUGAUUAUCUCCACCUUCCAAAACCAGUCGAACUCAUUUAAAAGAAAUGCAGCGCUCAAAACAUUAGGUCAGAUAGCUGGAUCUACAGGUUAUGUUAUUGAUCCGUUACUUGACUAUCCUGAGUUGCUAGGUAUCCUAAUGAACAUUCUAAAAUUUGAACAAUCUAUUGACACGAAAAAGGAAAUAAUUCGUCUAGUUGGUAUUUUAGGUGCGCUUGAUCCAUACAAGCAUAGAGUGAUUGAAGCUAAAAACCCUGCAAGAGAACUACUGGAUCAAAAUGCCCCUUCUAUUGAUAUUGCCUUAUUGCUGAAAGGUAUCACGCCGUCAAAUGAAGAAUACUACCCUACCGUUGCGAUACAUUCAUUGGUCAAAAUUUUACAUGAUGCAUCCUUGUCAUCACAUCACACAGCUGCAGUUCAAACGAUCUCCCAGAUCUUCCAAAUCGUCGGGAACCAAUGCAUUUCAUUGCUCGACAUCAUCAUUCCCGGUAUAUUGCAUGUAAUGACUUCCUGCCCUCCAUCGAUCUUGGAGUUUUACUUUCAACAACUACGUACACUCAUUGGUGUUGCUAAAGAGCAUGUUAUGCCAUUUGUUGAUGAAAUCUACGAAGUUGUCGAGGAAUUUUUCACUAUCGUAAAUCUGCAAAUCAACAUAAUUUUGCUUAUUGAAACAAUAUCAACCUCCAUCAAAAAUGCGUUCAAAAAAUACAUCCCAAUCACUAUUAAUAUGUUCUUAGGAGUUUUAGAGAAUGAUGAAUCGCCCAAAAAGCUGACUUCUACAAGAAUUUUAAAGUCUCUGAUCACUUUUGGAGCCAACUUGGAGGAUGAUGCUUAUGCUGUCGUACCAAUGCUCGUAAAAAUGUGUGAAUAUUCCUCUGGAUCUCUUAGAAAAACAUCCAUAGUAGUAUUAGGAAGGCUUGCAAAAUCUGUAGACCUAUCUGAAAUGUCAUCAAGAAUAGUACAAACUCUUCUUCGUAUAAUGAAUACCGGCGAUAAGGACUUGACAAAGGCGUUAAUGAAUACAUUCUCCUUACUGUUGCUUCAAAUGGGUUCUGAUUUCAUGGUGUUUGUCCCAAUAAUAAACAAAGCUUUAGUCAAAAAUCGCAUUCAAAAUUCAAUUUAUGACCAGUUAGUUAAUAAACUAAUCAAUAAUGAAAGAUUACCUACAAAUAUUAUCUUAGACAGAGAGGCGGAAGAAGAGACAAAUCCAGCCUUCGAAAAUUUUGAAGCAGUGAAACCCUUGUUUGUUAACCAAUUGGUAUUGAGAAAUGUACUACACUGCAGUGCACAACAUUCGCAAGAAGAUUGGAAGGAAUGGCUGCGGCGGUUAUCUAUUCAACUAUUGAAAGAAUCACCAUCUCAUGCACUAAGAGCUUGCUCCAACUUGGGGAGUAUAUAUUAUCCCUUAGCAAGGGAUUUGUUUAAUGCCUCGUUUGCGAGCUGCUGGAAAGAACUGUCUGACGCUUCUCAAACGCAUGCAGUGAAUUCAUUAUGCUUAGCAUUAGCGUCACCAGAAAACCCACCAGAAAUCUAUCAAACUAUUUUGGGCCUUGUAGAGUUCAUGGAGCAUGGAAAAAAACCAUUACCUAUACCAACAGAGAUUCUUGGACAAUAUGCUCAAAAAUGUCAUGCAUAUGCAAAAGCUUUACAUUACAAGGAGUUAGAGUUUCUGCAGAACCCUAGCUCAUCAGCAAUCGAAUCUUUAAUAAAUAUCAAUAAUCAGUUACACCAAACGGAUGCCUCAAUUGGAAUUUUGAAAUAUGCCCAACAGCACCAUAAACUUCAGCUGAAAGAAACAUGGUAUGAAAAAUUACAAAGAUGGGAAGAUGCUUUACAAGCAUACGAAGAGCGCGAAAAAAGUGGCGACACUUCUAAUGAAGUACUGCUUGGAAAAAUGAGAUCAUUGCAUGCACUUGGUGAAUGGGAUCCUUUAUCCAAAUUAGCAACGGAAAAGUGGCAGCUAGUUGAUCCAGAUGCUCGGAAAAGCAUAGCACCAUUAGCUGCAGGAGCUGCGUGGGGCCUUGGCCAAUGGGAUAACAUUGAGCAAUAUAUUGAUGUUAUGAAUCCUAGCUCUCCAGAUCGAAACUUUUUUGAAGCAAUAUUAUGUCUACAUAGAAAUAAUUUUAUGAAAGCAGAAGAGCAUAUCUCUAACGCUAGAAAUUCACUUGUGACUGAAAUGUCAGCUCUAGUAAGUGAAAGCUACACAAGAGCUUACAGUGUGGUUGUGAGAAGUCAAAUGAUAGCUGAGUUGGAAGAAGUAAUGAAUUACAAGCAGCUUCCAUUUAAUUCUACUAGGCACAAGGCAAUUACAGCAACUUGGAAUAAAAGGUUGCUUGGAGCACAAAGAAACGUUGACGUCUGGCGUCAAAUUUUAUCCGUAAGAUCACUUGUUGUUAAACCUCAACAAGAUUCCGAAAUAUGGAUUGAAUUUGCUAAUCUAUGCCGGAAGUCCAAUAGAAUGGGUCUGGCUAAAAGAUCACUCUCUUUCUUAAUGGAAACAGAAAAUGAUCCCAACAUGCCAAACAUAGCUUACGCGGCUCCACAGGUGGUAUACGCCCAUUUAAAAUAUCUAUGGGCCAGUGGUUUGCAGAAGGAAGCUCUCAAAUAUUUAACCAAGCUCAGUUUGAAAUUAGUCAAUAACCUAGGAUUAGAUCCUGAUAAGAUUAUCAAUCAAAACACUUGGAAAAAAGAUGGUCUGCCCAAGGAUAGUCUAGAAACAGAACACAAGUUGUUAGCUCGCUGUUUCUUAAAACAAGGUGAAUGGCAAGUUAUUUUACAGCCUGAUUGGCGAGAAAAAAAACCUGACGCUGUCUUGGGGUCCUACUUGCUUGCAGCACAUUUUGACAGCUCCUCAUACAAAGCCUGGCAUAAAUGGGCUUUAGCUAAUUUUGAAGUGAUUUCGGUACUUACAGCAUCUCCUUCUGAUGACAAGAAUGGUCCAACUUCAACUAUGCAUAAGACCAAUAAUGGUAUGAUUGGUUUGAAUACAUUUGAAACGAGAAGAAAUAGUUUUUCUAAUAAAAUAAUACACAAACAUGUGGUUCCUGCAAUCAAGGCAUUUUUCCAUUCUAUUGCAUUAUCGGAAACUAGCUCUUUACAAGAUGCACUGCGAUUAUUAACCUUAUGGUUUAGUUUUGGCGGUAUACCUGAAGCAACACAAGCUGUGCAUGAAGGAUUUGCCCUCAUUAAAAUAAGUACAUGGUUAGAGGUGCUACCACAAUUAAUUUCUCGUAUUCAUCAAAGGGAUGAAAUUGUUAGUAAAUCAUUACUUACUUUAUUAUCUGAGUUAGGCAAGGCUCAUCCACAAGCAUUGGUAUACCCACUAACUGUAGCUAUCAAGUCGGAAUCUAUCUCAAGGCAAAAAGCGGCUCUUUCUAUUAUGAAUCGAAUGAGAACACAUAGUCCACUGUUAGUUGAGCAAGCCGAAUUAGUAAGCCAUGAAUUAAUCCGCGUAGCGGUGUUAUGGCAUGAACUGUGGUACGAGGGUUUAGAGAAUGCAAGUCGUCAAUUUUUUGGUGAGAAUAACACUGAUAAAAUGUUCGAAAUCUUAGAACCUCUACAUCAAAUGCUGGACAAAGGACCGGAAACUAUCAGAGAGAUUUCAUUUAAAAAUUUCUUUGGCAGAGAUUUAAACGACGCAUAUAGGUGGGUAGUGAAGUACAAGGCUAAUGGGGACAGAAACAAUCUCAAUCAGGCAUGGGAUAUCUAUUAUGCUGUGUUCCGUAGAAUAAGCAAGGAUCUGCCGCAAUUACAAACUUUGGAACUCCAACAUGUCUCACCAAAGCUUUUAGAGGCCCGUGACCUAGACCUAGCAGUUCCAGGAAAAUAUCAUGCAUAUAGACAAUUAGUGAAAAUUUCUAGUUUUGAUCCUGUGUUUUCCGUGAUAGCUUCCAAGCAAAGACCACGUAAAAUUUCUAUUAAAGGUAGUGACGGUAAAGAGUAUACGUAUGCCUUGAAAGGGCAUGAGGAUAUUAGACAAGAUAGCUUAGUAAUGCAGCUUUUUGGCCUGGUCAAUACAUUAUUACAAAAUGAUCCGGAAUCAUUUAGAAGACACUUGGAUAUUCAACAAUAUCCUGCAAUUCCUCUUUCGCCUAAAACUGGUUUACUCGGAUGGGUCACCAAGAGUGAUACUUUCCAUGAUCUGAUAAAAAAUUAUCGUGAUACAAAUAAAAUUCCUUUAAACAUUGAGCAUUGGAUUAUGCUACAAAUGGCGCCUGAUUACGAUAGUUUGACACUACUAGAGAAGAUUGAAGUUUUCCAAUACGCCAUGGAAAACACAAAAGGCCAAGAUUUGGCUAAUGUUUUAUGGUUAAAGAGUAAAUCUUCUGAAACUUGGUUAGAACGUAGAACCAUUUACACCAAAUCUCUGGCUGUAAUGUCGAUGACCGGCUAUAUUCUUGGUUUGGGGGAUAGACAUCCUAGUAAUUUUUUGUUGAACAAAUAUACUGGUAAAGUAGUCCAUAUCGAUUUUGGUGACUGUUUUGAAGCAGCAUUGCUGAGGGAAAAAUUUCCUGAAAGAGUACCGUUUAGAUUAACGAGAAUGUUAACGAAUGCAAUGGAAGUUGGGGGUGUCGAGGGCAGUUUCCGUAUUAGUUGUGAAAAUGUCAUGAGAGUUCUGAGGGAUAAUAAAGAAUCUGUAAUGGCUAUUCUGGAGGCAUUUGCAUUUGAUCCGUUGAUUCAUUGGGGAUUUGAUAUAUCAAUCGAAACUAUCGAAGAAAUCACUGGUAUCGAUCUGUCAAUAGAUAAUCCUCACAAUUUACUAAGGCGGGGUGCCAUCACAGACGAAGAAGCAGUAAAAUUAGAAUCAGAUCAAAGAGAUGAUAUUAGAAAUGCAAGAGCAUUGUUGGUAUUGACGCGUAUUACAGAAAAGUUAACAGGCAAUGACUUCGGGAAUGCAAGAGAAUUAGACGUUCCUGAACAAGUUGAUAAGCUUAUCCAGCAAGCAGUCUCUGUGAAAAAUCUUUGUCAACACUAUAUUGGCUGGUGUCCAUUCUGGUGA